CCCAGCUCAGCGCAAGAUGGCGGCGGGCGCGUCGGACCCACUGGAGGAGAUGCUGCUCUUCUCCGAGGAGGUGGACGAGAAGGCGCUCAGCGACCUGGUGGGAUCCCUGGAAUCGCAGCUGGCCGGCGGCCGCGGCCCCGCCGAGCCGCCCCCGUCCAGGACCUCCGCCCCGUCCCAGCAGCCGCAGCAGGGGAGCCUGGCGGGGGGCAGCAGCCCCGGCCGGCAGCAGCACGGCCGCCCCGCGCCCCCUCCCGCGCCCGGGGCAGGGGAGGCGGCGGGACCCCCCGGCAGCGCGGGGAGCCGAGCCCCCGCCCAGGGGCCUCUCCCGGCCCCGUCUCCCCCGGCGGCGGCGGCAGGCGGCGGGAGGGGAGCGAGUGUAAACAGUAGUAGUGUGCAGCAAUCACAUGGAGCGGCUCCCGGCGGCGGCAGCCCCGCCGCUCCCGCCCCGCCGCAGCCCGCCGCCCCUGCCCAGCCUGUCAACAACCAUGUGGCCGCUGCAGCCGCCGCCGCGCGGGACGCGGGGAGCCCCGGCCCCGGCCCCAGCCCGCCCGCCGCCGACGGCGCGCGGGGCCGCGGGGGCGGCGGAGCGGCGGGAGCGGCCGAGGGCGCCGCCGCUGCCCCCGCGCCGCGCCCCGGCCAGGCGGCGCCCAACGGGGAGGGCGCGGGGGCCCGGCCGGCCGCGGUGCCGCCCGGCAGCGGGCACGGCGGGGCCGCCGCCGCGCAGCCCCAGCCCGCGCCCGGCGCGCUGCCCGCGGUCACCGCGCUCGGCGCCUCCGCCAGCCCUGCGCCCGCACCGCCGGCCCCGGGCUCGCCCCGCCGGCCCCCGCGGCCCCCCGCCGCGCCUAAGCCCGCGGUCACCGCCAAGGCGGGCGCUGCCCUGCCCGCCGCCCCCCAGGCCGUGUCGCCGCGGCCGGCGCUGGGCGCUGCGCCCCGGAUCGUGGCCCCGCAGCUGAUCGUGCGGCCGCCGCCGCAGACCACCAUCCAGCUGCCGCCCGGCUUCACCAUCCCGCCCGGGAUGGUCCUGGUGCGCACGGACGCCGGGCAGCUCGUGAUGGUGCCCCAGCAGGCUCUGGCCCAGGCUCAGAUGCAGGCCCAGGUGCAGACACAGGGACAGGGUCCUGCCAACAUGUCACCCAGGCUUUCUGUGCCCACUACUGGCCCCGUUUUUCGCCUGUCAACAGCUCAGCAGCCAACGUCCGUGGGCACCUCCAGCGUCCGCCUGGGGCUCCCGGUGCAGGCCAAGGUGGUGCCAUCGACAGCGGCGCCCGCCAGCGCCACAGCCACGCUGCCAGGAGGGGCUGUGCUGUCCCACACCACGGUAUCAGUAGCUACGACAAGCGCUCCGAAUCUAUUCAAGACGACGGUGGCAAGUGGAGCUGCAGCCUCCCAGCAGCCUGCAGUGCUCAGCAGUGCCCAGAGCCAGGGCUCGGGGUCAGGGCAGCCCGGCGCAGCGCGGCUGCCGCUGCCCCCUCCCACGGCAGCGCAGGUGCCAGCACAGCCCCUGGUCAUCCCCAGCUCCCCUGUGCCUGGCACCACCGUGGUGUCACAGGAAAUGCAAGAGAAUGUGAAAAAAUGUAAAAACUUUUUAGCUACCCUUAUAAAACUUGCUUCUCAUAAUUCACCAUCUCCUGAAACGUCCCGCAAUGUGAAAGCUCUGGUUCAAGAUUUGUUGGAUGCAAAGAUUGAUCCAGAAGAAUUUACAGGCCGCCUUCAAACAGAACUCAAAUCAUCUCCUCAGCCAUAUCUUGUACCUUUCCUUAAGAAAAGUCUACCUGCACUGAGACAAUCUUUACUGAACAGUCAGCAUUUGGUUUUGCAAGGCCAGCCGUCUCAGCUCCUCCAACAGACCAAGCUCUCUGCAGUGAUACCUCAGUCUGCCUCGGGAAUCCCCUCUGUUGUCACCACACAGACAAUAGGAAUAAGGCAACCAAACAACAUUUGCACAGUCUCUGUAUCAAAUACAGUGCAGCCUCCUCAGGUUAAGGUGGUACAGUCAAAUCAGAGUUCUCAGCUGCAGAUUAUCCAGUCAACAUCUGCUCAAACUGUGAAACGAACCCCUGCUUGCCAGACUACCCACAUUAGGAUGCCAGUGGUAAUAACUCAGACCAUUAGACCACAAGGCACAGUAGGGAAGGCACCAACAAUACAAGCCAGUAAAAGUCCUGGGGGCUUUGGUGUUCAGGUCUCUGCAAAUCAGAAAAACAAGCUGAAUGACCCUGGAGGUGGUUCUUUCAGAGAUGAUGAUGACAUCAAUGAUGUUGCCUCUAUGGCUGGUGUUAACCUUAAUGAAGAAAGUGCCCGAAUUAUGGCCACCAACUCUGACUUGGUUGGAACCCAGAUGCAGUCCUGUAAAGACGAACCCUUUCUUGCUGCUAUACCUCUCCAUAAACGCAUACUUGAAACGGCUAAAAAACUAGGAAUUACUGAUGUGCCAGCUGAGGUGGUUACUUUUAUUUCCCAUGCAACACAGAGCAGAUUAAGGACAGUGAUAGAGAAGGUGACAGUGAUAACCCAGCACCGGAUGGAGUCGUACAAAGAUGAUGAGUGGUACGAGCAAGCCACAGAUGUCCGAUCCCAGCUGAAGUUCUUUGAGCAGUUGGAGCGUUUGGAAAAGCAAAGGAAAGAUGAACAAGAGAGGGAAAUUUUGCUGAAGGCUGCCAAGAGUCGCUCAAGGCAAGAAGACCCAGAGCAAGCUAGACUGAAACAAAAAGCAAAGGAGAUGCAGCAGCAGGAGCUGGCCCAGAUGAGGCAGAGGGAUGCCAACCUGACGGCGCUGGCAGCCAUCGGCCCCCGCAAGAAACGGAAGCUGGAUGCUCCUGGGCUGCUCACCAUAGGAGGAGAGGGCGUGGGGCUGUGCGGGGGCAGCCAGGCGGGGCUGGGCACGGGCUCCCCCCGGCAGUACCCCCGGCAGAAAAUCACUCGAGUCAACCUCAGGGACUUCAUCUUCUACAUGGAACAGGAGCGGGAAAUGAGCCGUUCGCUCCUGCUCUACCGAGCUCUGCUUAAAUAAAGCCAACAGUCCUACUGAGUGCUCCACAGAAGCUCAACUUCCUUUGAAAGCUGUCAUUUUAAUGUGCCUUCUAUUUUUUUCAGAAGUCAAUGUUCCAGUAAUUUUGUUUUGUAAAAUUGUCAGACACAUGCAAUAAAUUCCCUUUAUGUAAAAAUAUAUAUAUAUAUAUAUAUAAACCACAGAAAAUGUGCAAAAGGUUUUAAAAUGUUAACUCCACAAAAAAAAAAAAAAAAAGAACAUCAAAGUCUUGCUCCAUCUGGCCAUUUUAGGUAAGGCUGAAGUCGCUGGUGUUGGAGUUACACAAAUGCAAUGGCUCACCUAAACCAUCUCCUGGCCAGGCCUGGGACAGGUUCACAGGAGUGGGUCCCAGCCUUGGUGUUCACCUGAGUGUUCACUCCUGGUGCUGGGCUUGUUUUGUUUUCAGUUUACUAGCACUGUCUCACUAACCAUGGUGAUACCAGUUGCUAUUUAACUUAGUUGUAAUGGCAAUUUUUUGCACAGCCAAGAGACUCGCCACUGCACACUCCCACAAAUUUUAUAUAUUUAGGAUUUUUGCUUUUACUGCACAGCUCAUUUCCUGAGCCAUUUGCUGAACCAAAUCUUAAGUGUAUGAAAUCUGUGUGCAGGCUCUCAGCUGAGUUCCCUUGACUUGCUUCCAGUUGUUUCCUCAAUCUCAUCAACCUUUUGCGCAUUUGUAGCAGCUGGUUAGUAACGAGAUUCAAAGUUGGGUUUUAUUUUCUGAAAAAUGUUAAUUUAUUUAUUGCAAAUAGUAUGGUUUAAUGGUGGUUUUAAAAGAGAAUAUUGUUGGGUAAAGAUUUUAGAGUAUUCUAUAUGGAUUUUUAAAGUCGCUGUAAAGGUUUUUGGGGCCGCUCCUGGCGUGGGGAGCGCAGUGAGCCCGGUGGCACCUGGAGUGGGGACACCUCUGCCCUGGACACUGGAGCACAGCUCCAGCCAGAGAGGCUCCUGAGCAGGCACGUGGCUUUGAGCAUGAGGAGCAGCUGUAAGUAUCUAAAGGUGGGGUGAAUGCCUUGGAAAUGCUUUGCUGAAGCAGAAUUUGGGCCCACAGGGAAGUGGUUGGUGUGGGUCUGAGCAAUGGGGAUCAGUGGGACAGAAGAGCAGGGGCAAAGGCUGUGCUGCAGAGCUCAUUAACAGUGUUACAGUACCACAGAAGGGACACAUUUGCUUAUUUAUCUUCUCUGUUUUUACUAUGUUAUGCUUGCCACUUUUUUGAGGCAAUAUUUUUUUUGAUGGGAAACCAUAGCGAAAGCACAAAUAGAACUAUUUGUCCAAUAGUUUUAAAAACAAAGGUUUUAAUUAUUUUUUAAGGUUUAUGAAAAGCAGAAGAAAAUUUAUACUGCUGCUAUUUAGCCAAAAGAUUAUUCAUAAGGUAUUUAAGGCCAGGAAGUGUAAAGUUAUGUUUUAAAUGUAUUGAUAAUUUGUACAUAUUGUUUAUAAAGGCCUUGUGUUUAUUAGAGUUACGUUAUUUUGAUGAUUUCUGUACAUACUGGUAAAUACCCCCAAUUUGUGUGAAAACAUACUCCCUUAUUUGUACUUAUUUUGUAAAGAAAUAAAACAAUUUACUAAAGUAACACAUCGAGUGACAUACAGUAUUAAUUUAUCAAACAUGAAUUUCACAUUGUCUUGUAGUUCUUAAGCACUGGUCAGAAACAUGUUGCAUUAAAAUAUUAACAGAAUACCCACAAACAAAUAUUAAAACCAAAUACUUCAAUGUUUUGUUGUGCUGAUUCUUAUCCUUUGUGAAACAUCCAAUAAAAUUGUCAGCAAACCUCGGUGCCAUCAGUACAGAGAAUGGAUGCACUCAGCAGUGGCUGUCCCGAGCGAGGAGCCCGACAAGCACAACAGAACAUUCUCUCUCCCUUUCUGUCUCCACUGGGGUGAGACAGCCUGGACACAAAGUGCUCAAAGCCUCGUGCCUGACACGGGGCCAGUGCUCAGCAACAGCAAAUCAGAACAGUUUUGCUCCAUGGGAUCAGGUGAAAAACCAGGCUGUGCUUUGUGCUUUGCUGCUUGGCCUUGGCCACGCAAAUGUGUGCUGGCUGCACACCACAGCUUCACCAGGGUUCUGUGGUGCUUUCAAACAUCCUAGUGAUGCUGAGCAGUGGUCUUCAUUAAGUUAUGUUGCUGUGGUUUAAGGCCAGAAGUAGAUAUUCAAAUCAGUUUUUUGCUGAUAUUGAUGCCUAAAAAUAUAGGGAAAUAAGUAAAAAAUAUAUAAAUGAAACUGUAAUAAUCUUUAAAUAAGUGACCUGAAGUUACUAACUAAAAGAACAUGUCCUAGCUUAACUUUUUUUUUUAAAGGCAUAUUUCUUCUAAGAAAGUGAUUGUUUCCACAUGUCUUCCUAGCCUUUGUGCUGUUUUGCAGUCAAUGCUGUGAUGUCAUGGUUUAAACUUUCCAUCUCAAGUUCACAUUGAACUCGGCUGGUGCAGCCUGGAACCCUUUCCAAUGCCACCUCAGCAAAGCUGCCCCAACUACGGGAGCUGCUUUAUUGAGCCAUAAAAAAAUACAGUAAACACCAAACUGAGGAAAAACCAACCAACCAAUCAACCAACCAACCACAAAUACUUCCAACGUUCCACAGAUGUGUAAAAGCACCAUCCCAGUCUGUGCUCCCCAGAGCUGC